AUGUGCCCUCGCAGCCCAGACAGCCAACUGCAUCCUGGGCUGCAUCAAAAGAGGUGCGACCAGCAGGCUGAGGCAGGUGAUUCUCCCCACUACUCCAUCCCCUCUGGUGAGAGCCCACCUGGAGUGCUGCAUCCUGCUCUGGAGUCCCCAGCACGAGAAAGACACAGACCUGUUAGUUCCAGAGGGCUCGAGUACCUCUCCUCUGAAGAGAGGCUGACAGCUGGCAACCCCUAUCACAAUGGCCGUGUUUGCAGCACAUGGGGUAACUUCCACUUCAAGACCUUUGAUGGGGACAUCUUUUACUUCCCUGGGGUCUGCAAUUACAUCUUUGCAUCCAACUGCAAGUCUUCCUAUGAGGACUUCAACAUCCAGAUCAGGCGUGCAAUGGUGGAAAAUGCUACUGUGAUCACUCACGUCUUCAUGAAGCUGGAAGGAGUAGUGAUCGAACUGACCCCCACCUCUGUCCUGCUUGACAACAAACUGGUCCAGAUGCCCUACAGCCAUAUGGGAGUCUUUAUAGAGAGAAGUAACAACUAUUUGAAAGUUUCUGCCAAGUUGGGACUGACCUUCCUUUGGAAUGGACAAGAUGCCCUCCUGGUGGAACUAGAUAAGAAAUAUGCCAAUCAAACUUGUGGACUUUGUGGGGACUUCAAUGGAAUUCCAGGCAGCAAUGAAUUUAUUUCAGGGAAGACAAAACUGACCCCCAUACAGUUUGGUAAUAGGCAGAAGAUGGAUGGACCCACAGAGCAGUGUGAUGAUCCUAUUCCUCCUACUUCUCUGAUGAACUGCUCAAGAGAAUUUGCCUCUAUCUGUGAGACAGUAUUGACCAGCAAAGCAUUUACAAGUUGUAACAUGCUUGUGAAUGUCCAGGACUACAUUGAGACUUGCAUACAAGACCUGUGCCACUGUGACAGCUCUAUGGCUGACUUCUGCAUGUGCAACACCUUUGCUGAGUACUCCCGGCAGUGUGCUCAUGCGGGUGGACAGCCCCAGAACUGGAGAACCUCAGAUCUGUGCCCCAAAUCCUGUCCAUUCAACAUGCAAUACCAUGAGUGUGGCUCUCCCUGCUCCGACACGUGCAGCAACCCGGAACGAUCUGCGCUUUGUGAAGAUCACUGUACAGAUGGCUGUGUCUGUCCUCCAGGAAUGGUAUUUGAUGAUGUUAAUGGUGCCGGCUGCAUUCCCCGCAGAGAAUGCCACUGUACCUAUGAAGGUGAAACUUAUGCUCCUGGUGCCUCCUUCUCAUCUAAAUGCAGAUCAUGUACCUGUGUUGGAGGUGAAUGGUCUUGUGUCACUCAGUCGUGCCCUGGGACUUGCAGUAUUGAAGGAGGUUCCCACAUUUCAACAUUUGAUGAGAAAUACUAUUCCUUCUUUGGAGACUGUAGUUAUGUCCUAACCAAGCUCUGUGACAGCAAUGAAUUCACAGUGUUGGGGGACAUCCACAAGUGUGGCCUGACUGACACAGAGACAUGCCUCAAGGGUGUGGCCAUCAGCCUAAAUGGAGGACAGACGAACAUUGUGAUCCAGCCUUCUGGGAGUGUAUUUGUGAAUAUGAUCUACACACAGUUACCAUUCUCAGCAGCAAACGUCACCAUCUUCAGGCCUUCAUCUUUCUUCAUAAUUCUGCAAACAAAUUUUGGUCUUCAGCUACAGGUUCAACUUGUGCCUUUAAUGCAAGUUUUUAUAGACUUAGACCCAUCACAUAAAGGGCAGACCUGUGGUCUCUGUGGGAACUUCAAUGAUGUACAGACAGAUGAUUUCAAAACCACCAGUGGUGUGAUAGAGGGCACUUCAGCUGCCUUUGGCAAUACUUGGAAAACUCGGGCUGAUUGUCCUGAUGCCAAAAAUACCUUUGAGGACCCCUGUACUGUCAGCAUACAAAAUGACCAGUAUGCUCAGCACUGGUGUGGACUGCUCUCUGAUACCACGGGACCUUUUGCUGAAUGUCACUCAACAGUGAAUCCAGAAGUUUACUAUAAGACCUGCAUGUUUGACACGUGUAAUUGUGAGAAGAGCGAGGACUGCAUGUGUGCUGCCCUUUCCAGCUAUGUCAGAGCCUGUGCUGCCAAAGGAGUCCUUCUCACUGGAUGGAGGAGCAAAGCCUGCACAAAAUACACCACCUUGUGUCCGAAGUCCCUGAAGUACACCUACAGUGUCAAUUCCUGCCAGCCCACCUGCCGUGCUCUCAGUGAGCCUGAUGUCACAUGCAGCAUCAAGUUUGUCCCAGUUGAUGGCUGUACCUGCAUAAAUGGGACCUACAUGGAUGACAGUGGCAAAUGUGUGCCUGCUUCUAGCUGUCCUUGUUACUACAAAGGAACGCCUCUGUCUUCUGGAGAAGUUGUUCAUGAUAAUGGUCUUGUCUGCACUUGUGCCUAUGGAAAGCUGAGCUGCAUUGGAGAGAAGCCUGAACCAGUCUGUGUGCCUCCCAUGGUUUAUGUUGACUGUGGCAAUGUCACAGCAAAUGUGGUAGGAGCAGGAUGCCAGAAGAGUUGUCAGACUCUAGAUAUGGAAUGUUACAAAACUCACUGUGUCUCUGGCUGCGUAUGUCCUCAUGAUCAAGUGUUGGAUGGCAAAGGUGGCUGCAUUGCUCCAGAAGACUGUCCAUGUAUUCACAAUGGGAAUUCCUACAGUGCAGGAGAAUCAAUCAGAGUUGGCUGUAACAACUGCACAUGUAGAAACAGAAAAUGGCAAUGCUCUGAGGAACCCUGCCUGGAAACAUGUUCUGUUUAUGGAGAUGGGCAUUAUACCACUUUUGAUGGCAAACGCUUUGAUUUUGAAGGAGACUGUGAAUAUGUUCUGGUCCAGAACUACUGUGGUCAACAAGCUAUGAACCAGGGAACCUUCAGAGUCAUCACUGAGAACAUUCCAUGUGGCACUACAGGAACUACCUGCUCUAAGUCUAUUAAAGUUUUCCUGGGUAACUAUGAGCUGGUACUCAGUGAUGGACACUCUGAUGUCAUCCAGAGGACACCUGGAGGAAAAAUGCCAUUCCAAAUCCGUUCCAUGGGCAUCUACCUGGUGGUUGAUACUACUGUUGGUCUGAUACUCAUGUGGGACAAGAAAACCAGUAUAUUCAUCAAACUUAGUCCCAGCUUUCAGGACCAGGUCUGCGGACUUUGUGGAAACUAUGAUGGCAAUGGAAAUAAUGACUUCACUACUCGCAGUCAGUCUGUGGUAGGAAAUGUGCUGGAGUUUGCCAAUAGCUGGAAAGUAUCUUCUAGUUGCCCAAAUGCCAAUCGCACGCAGGAUCCAUGCACUGCAAACCCAUACAGGAAAGCCUGGGCACAGAAGCAAUGCAGCAUCAUCACCAGUGAAGUGUUUGCAAAGUGUCACUCACAGGUUGAACCAAAUGAAUAUUACCAAGCAUGUGUGGAUGAUGCUUGUGCCUGUGACACUGGAGGAGACUGUGAAUGUUUCUGCACAGCAGUAGCUGCCUAUGCUCAAGCAUGUAAUGAGCUAGACAUCUGCAUAUCAUGGAGAACCCCAUCCAUUUGUCCUCUCUUCUGUGAUUACUAUAAUCCACAAGGGGAAUGUGAGUGGCACUACAAGCCAUGUGGAGCACCUUGUAUGAAGACCUGCAAUAAUCCAAGUGGGAAAUGCCUUCAUGAGAUGAGGGGUUUGGAAGGUUGCUAUCCACAAUGUCCAAAGAAUAAGCCCUAUUUUGAUGAGGAAACCAUGACCUGUGUUUCUUAUUGUGGUUGUUAUGAAGAUGGAAAAAAUUACAAACCAGGAAUGGAGAUGCCUUCAAAGCAGAAUUGUGAAUCAUGUGAAUGUACAAUUCAUGGCAAAGUAUGCAAAUAUGAUGAACAUGAAUGUGUCUGCAUUUAUGAGGGGCAGAAGUACAACUACAAAGAUGUGGUCUACAACACUACAGAUGGCACAGGAUGGUGUAUUGUUGCAACCUGUGGUCCCAAUGGAACACUUCAAAGGUUUAUGUAUGAUUGUCUAACCUCAACGUCACCCACAACAUCAACGACAUUUCACUUCACGUCUACACCACCUACCACUACUUCCACAGUGUCACCAACUACAUCAGUAUGUGUUCAUGAAGUCUGUAAGUGGUCCGAAUGGUACGAUGGGAGUCUACAAACCCCUGGCUAUGAUGGAGGAGAUUUUGAAACUUUCAAUGAUUUACGAGCAAAAGGUUAUGAAGUUUGUGAAGCCCCAAAGGCUAUUGAAUGCAGAGCAGAAAAGUUCCCUGAUAUACCACUGAAAGACCUUGGCCAAAAAGUAGAAUGCAGUACAACACGAGGGCUUAUAUGUUACAACAAGGAUCAAAUUUCAACAAUGUGCAACAACUACCAAAUCAGAAUCCUCUGCUGUGUUUUUGUACCAUGCUCUUCCACAACGCCUUUCAGCGCAUCAACCCCAGUCACAACUCCAAAUCUGACAGAAACAUCUACUGAAGCAACGUAUUCAGUUACUACGACAAGUAUAUUGAUACCUUCACCUACUGAAGAAACAACUAGAACCACAACACCUGUCACAACACCUCCUCCAACAACUCCUCUUUGUUUCAAAGAAAAGUGUUACUGGUCAAGAUGGUAUGAUGUAAGCUAUCCAGGGUCAGGUUAUGAUGAUGGAGAUUUUGACACGAUUGAAAACAUUGAAAAUAAUGGAUACAAAGUCUGCCACAAUAGAAAGGAUGUGGAAUGUAGAGCAGUACGAUUCCCGAAUACACCAUAUCCUCUACUAGAGCAAAACAUAAUAUGUAACACAGAAGAAGGGUUGAAAUGUUACAAUAAAGAUCAACUUCCACCAAUCUGCUAUAAUUAUGAAUUAAGAUUUAAAUGCUGCGUGAAUAUAGCAGUGCCAUGUGAAACAACCCCUGAAAUUCUAACAAGAACAACACAACCAACUACUAUUCCAUCAAGCACAAUCUCCACACCAGAAUCAACGACUCUAAGUUUGCAAACAAAACACAAGACAACCACGGAACACCCAGUUGAACCAAAAACAGAUUACAUUCACACCAGAAUAACAUCAAAACCUACAAGGCAAACUACAAAACCAACUACUACAACACCAGUGCUAAGCAGCACAACCACAAAAACUACACCACAUUCACCUACCACCCCCUGUGAACCCGAAGUGUGCACCUGGAGCGAAUGGUUCGACGUCGACUUCCCCUCCUCGGGGCCCAGCCAGGGAGACUUCGAAACCUACCAGCACAUCCGCGCCGCCGGCAAGCAGGUCUGCCGGCAGCCAAAGGAGAUCGAGUGCCGGGCCGAGGACUACCCCGACGUUGCUAUCCAGCAGGUGGGGCAGGUCGUGCAGUGCGACGUCCACUUUGGACUGGUGUGCAAGAACGAGGACCAGACGGGCAAGUUCAAGAUGUGCCUCAACUACAAGAUCCGUGUGCUCUGCUGCACCCCCAACUACAACUGCUCAUUCCCCCCAUUACCCGUGAUAACAACCAGCCCCACCACCACCACAUCGAUCCCGUCCUCCACCACUACAGUCACCACCUCCACCUCCACGCCAUACAUCUCCACCACCACGAGUCCCACCUCCACGGAAAUCAUCACUUCCACCAGCACCACCAUCCCCACGCCGACGACGUCUACGACAACUUCCUCCACCACCCCCUGUGAACCCGAAGUGUGCACCUGGAGCGAAUGGUUCGACGUCGACUUCCCCUCCUCGGGGCCCAGCCAGGGAGACUUUGAAACCUACCAGCACAUCCGCGCCGCCGGCAAGCAGGUCUGCCGGCAGCCAAAGGAGAUCGAGUGCCGGGCGGAGGACUACCCCGACGUUGCUAUCCAGCAGGUGGGGCAGGUCGUGCAGUGCGACGUCCACUUUGGACUGGUGUGCAAGAACGAGGACCAGACGGGCAAGUUCAAGAUGUGCCUCAACUACAAGAUCCGUGUGCUCUGCUGCACCCCCAACUACAACUGCUCAUUCCCCCCAUUACCCGUGAUAACAACCAGCCCCACCACCACCACCACAUCGAUCCCGUCCUCCACCACCACAGUCACCACCUCCACCUCCACGCCAUACAUCUCCACCACCACGAGUCCCACCUCCACGGAAAUCAUCACUUCCACCAGCACCACCAUCCCCACGCCGACGACGUCUACGACAACUUCCUCCACCACCCCCUGUGAACCCGAAGUGUGCACCUGGAGCGAAUGGUUCGACGUCGACUUCCCCUCCUCGGGGCCCAGCCAGGGAGACUUCGAAACCUACCAGCACAUCCGCGCCGCCGGCAAGCAGGUCUGCCGGCAGCCAAAGGAGAUCGAGUGCCGGGCCGAGGACUACCCCGACGUUGCUAUCCAGCAGGUGGGGCAGGUCGUGCAGUGCGACGUCCACUUUGGACUGGUGUGCAAGAACGAGGACCAGACGGGCAAGUUCAAGAUGUGCCUCAACUACAAGAUCCGUGUGCUCUGCUGCACCCCCAACUACAACUGCUCAUUCCCCCCAUUACCCGUGAUAACAACCAGCCCCACCACCACCACCACCACCACAUCGAUCCCGUCCUCCACCACCACAGUCACCACCUCCACCUCCACGCCAUACAUCUCCACCACCACGAGUCCCACCUCCACGGAAAUCAUCACUUCCACCAGCACCACCAUCCCCACGCCGACGACGUCUACGACAACUUCCUCCACCACCCCCUGUGAACCCGAAGUGUGCACCUGGAGCGAAUGGUUCGACGUCGACUUCCCCUCCUCGGGGCCCAGCCAGGGAGACUUCGAAACCUACCAGCACAUCCGCGCCGCCGGCAAGCAGGUCUGCCGGCAGCCAAAGGAGAUCGAGUGCCGGGCCGAGGACUACCCCGACGUUGCUAUCCAGCAGGUGGGGCAGGUCGUGCAGUGCGACGUCCACUUUGGACUGGUGUGCAAGAACGAGGACCAGACGGGCAAGUUCAAGAUGUGCCUCAACUACAAGAUCCGUGUGCUCUGCUGCACCCCCAACUACAAUUGCUCAUUCCCCCCAUUACCCGUGAUAACAACCAGCCCCACCACCACCACCACCACCACAUCGAUCCCGUCCUCCACCACCACAGUCACCACCUCCACCUCCACGCCAUACAUCUCCACCACCACGAGUCCCACCUCCACGGAAAUCAUCACUUCCACCAGCACCACCAUCCCCACGCCGACGACGUCUACGACAACUUCCUCCACCACCCCCUGUGAACCCGAAGUGUGUACCUGGAGCGAAUGGUUCGACGUCGACUUCCCCUCCUCGGGGCCCAGCCAGGGAGACUUCGAAACCUACCAGCACAUCCGCGCCGCCGGCAAGCAGGUCUGCCGGCAGCCAAAGGAGAUCGAGUGCCGGGCGGAGGACUACCCCGACGUUGCUAUCCAGCAGGUGGGGCAGGUCGUGCAGUGCGACGUCCACUUUGGACUGGUGUGCAAGAACGAGGACCAGACGGGCAAGUUCAAGAUGUGCCUCAACUACAAGAUCCGUGUGCUCUGCUGCACCCCCAACUACAACUGCUCAUUCCCCCCAUUACCCGUGAUAACAACCAGUCCCACCACCACCACCACCACCACAUCGAUCCCGUCCUCCACCACCACAGUCACCACCUCCACCUCCACGCCAUACAUCUCCACCACCACGAGUCCCACCUCCACGGAAAUCAUCACUUCCACCAGCACCACCAUCCCCACGCCGACGACGUCUACGACAACUUCCUCCACCACCCCCUGUGAACCCGAAGUGUGCACCUGGAGCGAAUGGUUCGACGUCGACUUCCCCUCCUCGGGGCCCAGCCAGGGAGACUUCGAAACCUACCAGCACAUCCGCGCCGCCGGCAAGCAGGUCUGCCGGCAGCCAAAGGAGAUCGAGUGCCGGGCCGAGGACUACCCCGACGUUGCUAUCCAGCAGGUGGGGCAGGUCGUGCAGUGCGACGUCCAUUUUGGACUGGUGUGCAAGAACGAGGACCAGACGGGCAAGUUCAAGAUGUGCCUCAACUACAAGAUCCGUGUGCUCUGCUGCACCCCCAACUACAACUGCUCAUUCCCCCCAUUACCCGUGAUAACAACCAGCCCCACCACCACCACCACCACCACAUCGAUCCCGUCCUCCACCACCACAGUCACCACCUCCACCUCCACGCCAUACAUCUCCACCACCACGAGUCCCACCUCCACGGAAAUCAUCACUUCCACCAGCACCACCAUCCCCACGCCGACGACGUCUACGACAACUUCCUCCACCACCCCCUGUGAACCCGAAGUGUGCACCUGGAGCGAAUGGUUCGACGUCGACUUCCCCUCCUCGGGGCCCAGCCAGGGAGACUUCGAAACCUACCAGCACAUCCGCGCCGCCGGCAAGCAGGUCUGCCGGCAGCCAAAGGAGAUCGAGUGCCGGGCCGAGGACUACCCCGACGUUGCUAUCCAGCAGGUGGGGCAGGUCGUGCAGUGCGACGUCCACUUUGGACUGGUGUGCAAGAACGAGGACCAGACGGGCAAGUUCAAGAUGUGCCUCAACUACAAGAUCCGUGUGCUCUGCUGCACCCCCAACUACAACUGCUCAUUCCCCCCAUUACCCGUGAUAACAACCAGCCCCACCACCACCACCACCACCACAUCGAUCCCGUCCUCCACCACCACAGUCACCACCUCCACCUCCACGCCAUACAUCUCCACCACCACGAGUCCCACCUCCACGGAAAUCAUCACUUCCACCAGCACCACCAUCCCCACGCCGACGACAUCUACGACAACUUCCUCCACCACCCCCUGUGAACCCGAAGUGUGCACCUGGAGCGAAUGGUUCGACGUCGACUUCCCCUCCUCGGGGCCCAGCCAGGGAGACUUCGAAACCUACCAGCACAUCCGCGCCGCCGGCAAGCAGGUCUGCCGGCAGCCAAAGGAGAUCGAGUGCCGGGCCGAGGACUACCCCGACGUUGCUAUCCAGCAGGUGGGGCAGGUCGUGCAGUGCGACGUCCACUUUGGACUGGUGUGCAAGAACGAGGACCAGACGGGCAAGUUCAAGAUGUGCCUCAACUACAAGAUCCGUGUGCUCUGCUGCACCCCCAACUACAACUGCUCAUUCCCCCCAUUACCCGUGAUAACAACCAGUCCCACCACCACCACCACCACCACAUCGAUCCCGUCCUCCACCACCACAGUCACCACCUCCACCUCCACGCCAUACAUCUCCACCACCACGAGUCCCACCUCCACGGAAAUCAUCACUUCCACCAGCACCACCAUCCCCACGCCGACGACGUCUACGACAACUUCCUCCACCACCCCCUGUGAACCCGAAGUGUGCACCUGGAGCGAAUGGUUCGACGUCGACUUCCCCUCCUCGGGGCCCAGCCAGGGAGACUUCGAAACCUACCAGCACAUCCGCGCCGCCGGCAAGCAGGUCUGCCGGCAGCCAAAGGAGAUCGAGUGCCGGGCCGAGGACUACCCCGACGUUGCUAUCCAGCAGGUGGGGCAGGUCGUGCAGUGCGACGUCCACUUUGGACUGGUGUGCAAGAACGAGGACCAGACGGGCAAGUUCAAGAUGUGCCUCAACUACAAGAUCCGUGUGCUCUGCUGCACCCCCAACUACAACUGCUCAUUCCCCCCAUUACCCGUGAUAACAACCAGCCCCACCACCACCACCACCACCACAUCGAUCCCGUCCUCCACCACCACAGUCACCACCUCCACCUCCACGCCAUACAUCUCCACCACCACGAGUCCCACCUCCACGGAAAUCAUCACUUCCACCAGCACCACCAUCCCCACGCCGACGACGUCUACGACAACUUCCUCCACCACCCCCUGUGAACCCGAAGUGUGCACCUGGAGCGAAUGGUUCGACGUCGACUUCCCCUCCUCGGGGCCCAGCCAGGGAGACUUCGAAACCUACCAGCACAUCCGCGCCGCCGGCAAGCAGGUCUGCCGGCAGCCAAAGGAGAUCGAGUGCCGGGCCGAGGACUACCCCGACGUUGCUAUCCAGCAGGUGGGGCAGGUCGUGCAGUGCGACGUCCACUUUGGACUGGUGUGCAAGAACGAGGACCAGACGGGCAAGUUCAAGAUGUGCCUCAACUACAAGAUCCGUGUGCUCUGCUGCACCCCCAACUACAACUGCUCAUUCCCCCCAUUACCCGUGAUAACAACCAGCCCCACCACCACCACCACCACCACAUCGAUCCCGUCCUCCACCACCACAGUCACCACCUCCACCUCCACGCCAUACAUCUCCACCACCACGAGUCCCACCUCCACGGAAAUCAUCACUUCCACCAGCACCACCAUCCCCACGCCGACGACGUCUACGACAACUUCCUCCACCACCCCCUGUGAACCCGAAGUGUGCACCUGGAGCGAAUGGUUCGACGUCGACUUCCCCUCCUCGGGGCCCAGCCAGGGAGACUUCGAAACCUACCAGCACAUCCGCGCCGCCGGCAAGCAGGUCUGCCGGCAGCCAAAGGAGAUCGAGUGCCGGGCCGAGGACUACCCCGACGUUGCUAUCCAGCAGGUGGGGCAGGUCGUGCAGUGCGACGUCCACUUUGGACUGGUGUGCAAGAACGAGGACCAGACGGGCAAGUUCAAGAUGUGCCUCAACUACAAGAUCCGUGUGCUCUGCUGCACCCCCAACUACAACUGCUCAUUCCCCCCAUUACCCGUGAUAACAACCAGCCCCACCACCACCACCACCACCACAUCGAUCCCGUCCUCCACCACCACAGUCACCACCUCCACCUCCACGCCAUACAUCUCCACCACCACGAGUCCCACCUCCACGGAAAUCAUCACUUCCACCAGCACCACCAUCCCCACGCCGACGACGUCUACGACAACUUCCUCCACCACCCCCUGUGAACCCGAAGUGUGCACCUGGAGCGAAUGGUUCGACGUCGACUUCCCCUCCUCGGGGCCCAGCCAGGGAGACUUCGAAACCUACCAGCACAUCCGCGCCGCCGGCAAGCAGGUCUGCCGGCAGCCAAAGGAGAUCGAGUGCCGGGCCGAGGACUACCCCGACGUUGCUAUCCAGCAGGUGGGGCAGGUCGUGCAGUGCGACGUCCACUUUGGACUGGUGUGCAAGAACGAGGACCAGACGGGCAAGUUCAAGAUGUGUCUCAACUACAAGAUCCGUGUGCUCUGCUGCACCCCCAACUACAACUGCUCAUUCCCCCCAUUACCCGUGAUAACAACCAGCCCCACCACCACCACCACCACCACAUCGAUCCCGUCCUCCACCACCACAGUCACCACCUCCACCUCCACGCCAUACAUCUCCACCACCACGAGUCCCACCUCCACGGAAAUCAUCACUUCCACCAGCACCACCAUCCCCACGCCGACGACGUCUACGACAACUUCCUCCACCACCCCCUGUGAACCCGAAGUGUGCACCUGGAGCGAAUGGUUCGACGUCGACUUCCCCUCCUCGGGGCCCAGCCAGGGAGACUUCGAAACCUACCAGCACAUCCGCGCCGCCGGCAAGCAGGUCUGCCGGCAGCCAAAGGAGAUCGAGUGCCGGGCGGAGGACUACCCCGACGUUGCUAUCCAGCAGGUGGGGCAGGUCGUGCAGUGCGACGUCCACUUUGGACUGGUGUGCAAGAACGAGGACCAGACGGGCAAGUUCAAGAUGUGCCUCAACUACAAGAUCCGUGUGCUCUGCUGCACCCCCAACUACAACUGCUCAUUCCCCCCAUUACCCGUGAUAACAACCAGCCCCACCACCACCACCACCACCACAUCGAUCCCGUCCUCCACCACUACAGUCACCACCUCCACCUCCACGCCAUACAUCUCCACCACCACGAGUCCCACCUCCACGGAAAUCAUCACUUCCACCAGCACCACCAUCCCCACGCCGACGACGUCUACGACAACUUCCUCCACCACCCCCUGUGAACCCGAAGUGUGCACCUGGAGCGAAUGGUUCGACGUCGACUUCCCCUCCUCGGGGCCCAGCCAGGGAGACUUCGAAACCUACCAGCACAUCCGCGCCGCCGGCAAGCAGGUCUGCCGGCAGCCAAAGGAGAUCGAGUGCCGGGCCGAGGACUACCCCGACGUUGCUAUCCAGCAGGUGGGGCAGGUCGUGCAGUGCGACGUCCACUUUGGACUGGUGUGCAAGAACGAGGACCAGACGGGCAAGUUCAAGAUGUGCCUCAACUACAAGAUCCGUGUGCUCUGCUGCACCCCCAACUACAACUGCUCAUUCCCCCCAUUACCCGUGAUAACAACCAGCCCCACCACCACCACCACCACCACAUCGAUCCCGUCCUCCACCACCACAGUCACCACCUCCACCUCCACGCCAUACAUCUCCACCACCACGAGUCCCACCUCCACGGAAAUCAUCACUUCCACCAGCACCACCAUCCCCACGCCGACGACGUCUACGACAACUUCCUCCACCACCCCCUGUGAACCCGAAGUGUGCACCUGGAGCGAAUGGUUCGACGUCGACUUCCCCUCCUCGGGGCCCAGCCAGGGAGACUUCGAAACCUACCAGCACAUCCGCGCCGCCGGCAAGCAGGUCUGCCGGCAGCCAAAGGAGAUCGAGUGCCGGGCCGAGGACUACCCCGACGUUGCUAUCCAGCAGGUGGGGCAGGUCGUGCAGUGCGACGUCCACUUUGGACUGGUGUGCAAGAACGAGGACCAGACGGGCAAGUUCAAGAUGUGCCUCAACUACAAGAUCCGUGUGCUCUGCUGCACCCCCAACUACAACUGCUCAUUCCCCCCAUUACCCGUGAUGACAACCAGCCCCACCACCACCACCACCACCACAUCGAUCCCGUCCUCCACCACCACAGUCACCACCUCCACCUCCACGCCAUACAUCUCCACCACCACGAGUCCCACCUCCACGGAAAUCAUCACUUCCACCAGCACCACCAUCCCCACGCCGACGACGUCUACGACAACUUCCUCCACCACCCCCUGUGAACCCGAAGUGUGCACCUGGAGCGAAUGGUUCGACGUCGACUUCCCCUCCUCGGGGCCCAGCCAGGGAGACUUCGAAACCUACCAGCACAUCCGCGCCGCCGGCAAGCAGGUCUGCCGGCAGCCAAAGGAGAUCGAGUGCCGGGCGGAGGACUACCCCGACGUUGCUAUCCAGCAGGUGGGGCAGGUCGUGCAGUGCGACGUCCACUUUGGACUGGUGUGCAAGAACGAGGACCAGACGGGCAAGUUCAAGAUGUGCCUCAACUACAAGAUCCGUGUGCUCUGCUGCACCCCCAACUACAACUGCUCAUUCCCCCCAUUACCCGUGAUAACAACCAGCCCCACCACCACCACCACCACCACAUCGAUCCCGUCCUCCACCACCACAGUCACCACCUCCACCUCUACGCCAUACAUCUCCACCACCACGAGUCCCACCUCCACGGAAAUCAUCACUUCCACCAGCACCACCAUCCCCACGCCGACGACGUCUACGACAACUUCCUCCACCACCCCCUGUGAACCCGAAGUGUGCACCUGGAGCGAAUGGUUCGACGUCGACUUCCCCUCCUCGGGGCCCAGCCAGGGAGACUUCGAAACCUACCAGCACAUCCGCGCCGCCGGCAAGCAGGUCUGCCGGCAGCCAAAGGAGAUCGAGUGCCGGGCCGAGGACUACCCCGACGUUGCUAUCCAGCAGGUGGGGCAGGUCGUGCAGUGCGACGUCCACUUUGGACUGGUGUGCAAGAACGAGGACCAGACGGGCAAGUUCAAGAUGUGCCUCAACUACAAGAUCCGUGUGCUCUGCUGCACCCCCAACUACAACUGCUCAUUCCCCCCAUUACCCGUGAUAACAACCAGCCCCACCACCACCACCACCACCACAUCGAUCCCGUCCUCCACCACCACAGUCACCACCUCCACCUCCACGCCAUACAUCUCCACCACCACGAGUCCCACCUCCACGGAAAUCAUCACUUCCACCAGCACCACCAUCCCCACGCCGACGACGUCUACGACAACUUCCUCCACCACCCCCUGUGAACCCGAAGUGUGCACCUGGAGCGAAUGGUUCGACGUCGACUUCCCCUCCUCGGGGCCCAGCCAGGGAGACUUCGAAACCUACCAGCACAUCCGCGCCGCCGGCAAGCAGGUCUGCUGGCAGCCAAAGGAGAUCGAGUGCCGGGCCGAGGACUACCCCGACGUUGCUAUCCAGCAGGUGGGGCAGGUCGUGCAGUGCGACGUCCACUUUGGACUGGUGUGCAAGAACGAGGACCAGACGGGCAAGUUCAAGAUGUGCCUCAACUACAAGAUCCGUGUGCUCUGCUGCACCCCCAACUACAACUGCUCAUUCCCCCCAUUACCCGUGAUGACAACCAGCCCCACCACCACCACCACCACCACAUCGAUCCCGUCCUCCACCACCACAGUCACCACCUCCACCUCCACGCCAUACAUCUCCACCACCACGAGUCCCACCUCCACGGAAAUCAUCACUUCCACCAGCACCACCAUCCCCACGCCGACGACGUCUACGACAACUUCCUCCACCACCCCCUGUGAACCCGAAGUGUGCACCUGGAGCGAAUGGUUCGACGUCGACUUCCCCUCCUCGGGGCCCAGCCAGGGAGACUUCGAAACCUACCAGCACAUCCGCGCCGCCGGCAAGCAGGUCUGCCGGCAGCCAAAGGAGAUCGAGUGCCGGGCCGAGGACUACCCCGACGUUGCUAUCCAGCAGGUGGGGCAGGUCGUGCAGUGCGACGUCCACUUUGGACUGGUGUGCAAGAACGAGGACCAGACGGGCAAGUUCAAGAUGUGCCUCAACUACAAGAUCCGUGUGCUCUGCUGCACCCCCAACUACAACUGCUCAUUCCCCCCAUUACCCGUGAUAACAACCAGCCCCACCACCACCACCACCACCACAUCGAUCCCGUCCUCCACCACCACAGUCACCACCUCCACCUCCACGCCAUACAUCUCCACCACCACGAGUCCCACCUCCACGGAAAUCAUCACUUCCACCAGCACCACCAUCCCCACGCCGACGACGUCUACGACAACUUCCUCCACCACCCCCUGUGAACCCGAAGUGUGCACCUGGAGCGAAUGGUUCGACGUCGACUUCCCCUCCUCGGGGCCCAGCCAGGGAGACUUCGAAACCUACCAGCACAUCCGCGCCGCCGGCAAGCAGGUCUGCCGGCAGCCAAAGGAGAUCGAGUGCCGGGCGGAGGACUACCCCGACCUUGCUAUCCAGCAGGUGGGGCAGGUCGUGCAGUGCGACGUCCACUUUGGACUGGUGUGCAAGAACGAGGACCAGACGGGCAAGUUCAAGAUGUGCCUCAACUACAAGAUCCGUGUGCUCUGCUGCACCCCCAACUACAACUGCCCUUUCUCCACCCUCUCAACCACCACCAGCACAUCCACCAUUGCUACCCUAAGUGAAUCCUUCUUCACAACAAGUUCUCCCAUUUCAUCUACACCGUGUUUCUGCAAGAUUGGUGACUUGAUUUACAAUAGAAUUGAUAGUGACGGAUGUCGAUUUUAUGCCAUCUGUAGCCCAACGUGUAAUAUUGAACGACACGCUGUACAUUGUCCUGUCACUACUUUGCCAGCCACAAGUUCCUCUGAGUGGUCUACAAUAACAACAGCAGUUCCUCUGCCUCCCACUUCUACACGUCCUGCUUUUCGUGGUUGCGUUUCCAAUAUUUACCCUCCUUUACAACCUGGAGAAAGUUUCAAAUUAUCCAACUGUACAGAAGUCAUCUGUAAUGGAGACAACAACAUAGAUGUAGUACCAACAUACUGCCCACCGGUAAAGGAAAUUACCUGUGCAAACAAAUAUCCACCAACGCUGGUACCUGAUGAAAAUGGAUGCUGUUACCGAUAUGAGUGUCAAUGUGUUUGUAGUGGAUGGGGUGAUCCUCAUUACAUUACUUUUGAUGGAAUCUAUUAUACCUUCCUUGAAAACUGCACUUAUGUCCUGGUGAAACAGAUUGUCCCUAGAUAUGACAACUUCCGUGUUUACAUUGACAAUUAUUACUGCGAUGCAAAAGAUGGACUCUCCUGCCCUAAAUCUAUUAUUAUUUUCUACAAAUCUGCAGAAGUGGUGCUGACUCGUCAACUCAUGAAUGGUGUGAUGACCAAUGUGAUGUACUUCAACAAAAAGAUUGUUGGACCAGGCUUCAAAAAAGAUGGCAUUUCUUUCUCCACUCUUGGCAUCAAUAUGAUUGUUGAAAUAGAAGAAAUUGGUGCAGUCAUCACCUUUAGUGGUCUCAUUUUCUCUGUCAAGCUCCCAUACAGCAAAUUUGGCAACAACACCGAAGGACAAUGUGGAACAUGUACAAACAAUAAAGAAGAUGAAUGCCGCUUACCAAGUGGUAAGAUCAUUUCCUCCUGUCCCCAAAUGGCUCAUCACUGGAUUGUUGACAACAACAAGUCAUGCCAUGGAGUGCCAGUACCACCAACUAUAACCACACCUCCACCAAAGCCUCAAUGUCAAACACCUCCGCUCUGCAAACUUAUCUUAAGCGAGGUUUUUGCAGAAUGUCAUACCGUGAUACCACCAGAACCAUUUUUCAAAGGCUGUGUUUUUGAUGGAUGUCGCAUAGACGAUGAAUCCAUGCAGUGUUCCAGUUUGGAGAUAUAUGCUACAGAGUGUGCUGCUAGAGGUGUCUGCAUUGACUGGAGAGGAAUGACCAACAAUACAUGCUCAUUCAGCUGUCCGUCAAGCAUGGAAUACAAGCCGUGUGGGCCCAUUAAUCCAGUUAGCUGUGACCAAAGUCUGCAGAGAACCAAAUGGAAUGUCCAGACAGGACAGGGCUGUGUAGUCAACGAAACCUAUUAUGCACCUGGAGCUGCAGUUCCAUCAGGCCCCUGUGAAGAAUGCACCUGCUCUGCAUCCUCUCCCUCAAGGCCUCACCACCUCGCGGUCACAUGCCAGCCUGUUAUCUGUGACACGUACUGCCCACUGGAAGGAGAACAUUGGAAUCCACCUGGUGAUAACUGUACUGUUUACACAUGUGAAAAACAUGCUGACCAGUUCAUUCAAGUCAUCAAGGAGGCAAGCUGUCCUGCCUUUAACCAUGAUGACUGUGAUCCAGAUGAUAUCAGGCUAUCUGACGAUGGCUGCUGUUUAGUGUGCCGAAGAGUACCGAAACUUUGUAUGAAGUACAAUACGACUACUGUCAUCAACUAUAAUGGCUGUGUGUCUCCUGCACCUGUUGAGAUAACGUACUGUGAAGGCAGCUGUGAUGCUUACUCGCGAUAUUCUCAAACGACAAACACCAUGGUGCACAAAUGCUCGUGUUGUCAGGAAAUCAAGACCAGCAAGAGAAAGGUGACUCUGAUGUGCAGUGAUGGAACCUCCCUUGAUCACUCCUACACCUACGUGGAGAAAUGCAGCUGUGUGGAUGCUGAGUGCGUUACCCAAGGCAACACCCAACAGGAGACACAGCAGAUAAAGACCUCUCAGGAGCAAGCAAAUGUCAAAAAUUAG